AAGGGGUGGGGAAAUUUAUGGCCUCUGACCUCAUAGUACCCAGAAUGCAGUGUCCUCUGCCAUCUUGGCUCGUUUAGAAAAUGGCCAAGCGUACAAAGAAGGUCGGCAUCACAGGGAAAUAUGGCACGCGCUACGGUGCCUCACUGCGUAAGAUGGUCAAGAAGAUCGAGAUCUCGCAGCACGGAAAGUACACCUGUGUCUUCUGUGGAAAAGAUUCAAUGAGGAGGAAGUGCGUAGGCAUCUGGAACUGCAAGGCCUGUCGGAAGGUGGUUGCAGGAGGUGCUUGGGUCUACAGCACCACUGCAGCAGCAACCGUGAGGAGUGCUGUCCGCCGCCUUCGUGAAAUGAAGGAAACAUAAGGCUGUUGUCUGGAUACGGACUUAAAGGGAUUGCAUUAACCACCAUUGGGAAAAUGCCAUGAUGCUGUCACCACAAACCUUGGCUAACUGUACGUGGGAUAUACCGCUUGCCGCAAUCGGCUCGCAAAAGGAAUCGUUUUGUUUUUGAAUCGGUGAAAUAAAUCCAGUGUGAUCUGAGGGAAGUGUA